UUUAGUUAAAACAAAAUCGCCGCUUAGAAGAAGAAAAGGAAGAAAAGAGGGAGUUUUGGCGCUUACAGUUGAAGUCCAGUUUCCAGCUACAGCGUGGUUGGAGUAGCAGUAAUAACAAUGGGAGAAGAAGAAGAAGAGGAGAUAGUUCAAUUAGAACCCAAUGAUGAAGUCCAAGAGUACUCCUGGCCCGUCCUUCGCUUCGAUGUCUCUCCUCAUAGAACCUACCAUUUCCACCGCCAGUUCAUCACUCCCACUAACCCUAACAAUUUCCUCAAAGCCGUUAAAUGGUCACCGGAUGGCUCCUCUUUUCUCACCUCCUCCGACGACAACGCUCUCCGCCUCUUCGCGCUACCAGGCUCUGAUUGUGAGAUUCCGAUAAAUACUUCCGACGAUGAAGAUUCCUAUGCCGCGAGUUUAGUCAUGAAUGAAGGGGAGUCUAUACAUGAUUUUUGUUGGUAUCCUUACAUGUCUGCCGCAGAUCCGGUGACCAAUGUUUUUGCGACUACUACUCGUGAUCAUCCCAUACAUCUAUGGGAUGCUACAUCAGCCCAGUUACGCUGCACAUAUCGGGCAUAUGAUGCUAUGGAUGAAAUUACUGCUGCUUUUUCUGUCGCUUUUAAUCCUGCAGGAACUAAGAUAUUUGCCGGAUACAACAAAUGUAUUAGGAUUUUUGAUUUACAUCGCCCUGGUAGAGAUUUUACAUUGCAUUCAACAGUAAAAAAAGAUAAAAAAGAAGGCCAAACAGGUAUUAUAUCUGCAUUGGCUUUUUCUCCAUCUCAUAAUGGGAUGCUGGCUUUGGGUUCUUAUAGCCAAACUACUGCUAUUUAUACGGAAGAUAACAUGGAGCUUUUGUAUGUUUUGCACGGUCAAGAAGGAGGAGUUACACAUGUCCAGUUUUCCAGAGAUGGUAAUUAUUUAUAUACCGGAGGUCGGAAGGACCCUUAUAUACUCUGCUGGGAUGUGCGCAAUACUGUCGAUUGUGUCUACAAGUUAUACCGAUCAGCGGAAAACACCAAUCAGCGAAUACUGUUUGAUAUCGAGCCUUCAGGACAGCAUCUUGGUACAGGGGGCCAGGAUGGUUUAGUGCAUAUUUACGAUCUUCAAACUGGGCAGUGGGUGUCAAGUUUUGAGGCCGCAUUAGACACUGUGAAUGGCUUCUCUUUCCAUCCAUUUCUUCCCCAUGCUGUGUCAUCCUCAGGCCAUCGGAGAUUUGUAAUGCCAGAUGAUGGUGAUGGCGAUGCCGAUGGAGAUUUGUGUUUGAGUGGUCGUGAAAAUUGUGUCUCAGUCUGGAGUUUAUGUUAUGAUUCAAAGAUGGAGGACUUCAAGGACGACGACAGUUUCAAUAAUCAGUCUGGAAGUGGAUCCUUGGACUAAAAUUCUUUUAAGCUUUUUGUGGUCGACUUGUACGAGUGUGGAGCAAAACAAUGUGUCAUUGUCUAAUUGUUCAUUGUUUGAAAAUAGGCUGAUCUAAGUUUUGCAUAUAUAAUGGAAUAUACUUAAUUUU